AUGAUGACCCUCGCAGAUAGUCUAGAAUGGCAGAAAUGUCAGCGCGGAGAGCUCUACGUCUCGUUCAGCCCAGAGCUCAUCCAAGCUCGCGACAGGUGUGCCAGCGCCUGCCAGGCCUUCAACUUCUCCACCGAUUCCUCUCGCCGCAACCGCGUCGGGCUCUGGCGGAAGAUCACUGGGGAUGAACGGCCACUGCCCCUUCCCACACCGGGGCAAGCGACAGAUGACGAUCUCUUCGUGGACGAUCCGUGGGUAGAGGCCCCCGUACGAGCCGACUACGGCGUCAAUGUCAUGCUCAGCCCUGGCGUGUUUCUGAACCACAAUGCCACGUUCGUUGACUCUUGCCCUAUCAGAAUAGGUGCCAGGACCUUGAUUGGACCGCACUGCUCAUUCUUUUCCGGCACACACCCCCUGGACCCGGCAGUAAGGAACGGUACGGCUGGUCCGGAGACCGGGAAAGAUAUCGACAUAGGCGAAGACUGCUGGCUGGGCGGUAACGUGAUUGUCCUUCCGGGUGUGACAAUUGGUCGGGGCUCGACUGUUGGAGCGGGCAGCGUGGUGACGAGGGACGUACCGCCUUUUCAUCUGGUAGCUGGAAAUCCAGCAAGGAUUCUCAAGAAGAUUACGUCGACAUUAGACGCCGCGGCAGAGACUCAAGCUCCGACGAAGGAAAACCUGGAGGGCGCAGAGGUGGCGAUGUCGAAAUCAUAG